UCCGUCACCAAGUAGCAAAGCCCGAAAGCCGAAGGAGGAGCAGCAAGAUAUCUUACUGUGGCCACGAGCGUCUGCGGGGGAGCCGCUUCAGCGCUCAAUUGUCCCCACUCCCCAAGGAGCUCUGAGAACUUCAGGAUUCCUGUCACAUUCACUCCAGGGCCUGCGAGGACCUAACAAUGGAUGCAGAGUGACACCACUGACUCUUGAAGCCCCCCUCAGGGUAUUUGCCUACAGAGAGCACGUUCCCUGUAUUUUCAGACUCUCUGAGCUUGGGGGAGGGAUGUUUUGUUCCAAAAAGAAUCAGAGCCCCUGAGAAUCACCCCCGAGUUGCUGAGCAUGACCCGGGACGAGGCACUGCCAGACUCGUACUCAGCCCAGGGCUUCUAUGAGAACUAUGAGCCCAAGGAGAUCCUGGGCAGAGGAGUGAGCAGUGUUGUCAGGCGUUGCAUUCACAAGCCCACGUGCCAGGAAUACGCCGUGAAGAUCAUUGACAUCACUGGUGGAGGCGGCUUCAGCCCUAAGGAGGUGCAGGAGCUACGGGAGGCCACGCUGAAGGAGGUGGACAUCCUGCACAAGGUCUCAGGGCUCCCCAGCAUCGUACAGCUGAAGGACACUUAUGAGACCAACACUUUCUUCUUCUUGGUGUUCGAUCUGAUGAAGAGAGGGGAGCUCUUCGAUUACCUCACUGAGAAGGUCACUCUGAGUGAGAAGGAAACUAGGAAGAUCAUGAGAGCCCUGCUGGAGGUUAUCCGCAACUUGCACAAACUCAACAUUGUGCAUCGGGAUCUGAAGCCUGAGAACAUCCUUUUGGAUGACGACAUGAACAUCAAGCUCACAGACUUUGGUUUUUCCUGCCAGCUGGAGCCAGGAGAGAAGCUGCGAGAGGUCUGUGGGACCCCCAGUUACCUGGCUCCUGAGAUCAUUGAAUGCUCCAUGAACGAUGACCACCCAGGCUACGGGAAGGAGGUGGACAUGUGGAGCACAGGGGUCAUCAUGUACACCCUGCUGGCGGGCUCCCCGCCCUUCUGGCACCGGAAACAGAUGCUGAUGCUGAGGAUGAUCAUGAGUGGCAACUACCAGUUUGGCUCGCCUGAAUGGGAUGAUUAUUCAGACACUGUGAAGGACUUGGUUUCCCGCUUCUUGGUGGUGGACCCCCAGGGCCGCUGUUCAGCAGAAGAGGCCUUAGCGCACCCCUUCUUCCAGCAGUAUGUGGUGGAAGAAGUGCGUCACUUCAGCCCCCGGGGCAAGUUCAAGGUGAUCGCUCUAACAGUACUGGCUUCAGUGCGGAUCUAUUACCAGUACCGCCGGGUGAAGCCUGUGACCCGGGAGAUCGUCAUCCGUGACCCCUACGCCCUCCGGCCUCUGCGCCGACUCAUCGACGCCUAUGCUUUCCGAAUGUAUGGCCACUGGGUGAAGAAGGGACAGCAGCAGAACCGGGCUGCCCUCUUCGAGAACACACCCAAGGCUGUGCUCCUUUCCCUGGCUGAGGAAGACUACUGAGCGGCUGGCAGGCGGGGUAGGUAGGGUGGGCGACAGGCAAGGAGGGAAAGCCACAGAAAUGUAAGUUGAGGAGUAAGACCACGCCCCGGCCUCUAUCCACAGGGGGCACUUGGCCCUGGCCAGGACCCCUGGCACUAGGGCCACCGUCCCCUCUCAGAGGCUCUGCACAAGGAGAGCAGGGUGCUCCCAUCACACGUUUUAAGUGUGGUCAGGGCCAGGCCCCGUGGAGGGCAACUAGCAUUUGGGUCUGAGAGCUUUCCUGCUUCUCUCCUUCCCAGCUGUACCACCAUCUCAGGUCCUUCCCUGAGGCCCAGAGUUCCUAACACUCAAAGGUACUUCCCUUAGAGUUCCAGGGGGACGGUAAAAGAGAGGACAGUCUGAAAUACACAAUCACAGAAAUUUUACUGACCCCGCAACACCCACUGACACCACGGAAGCAGGUUCCUUUCCAGGGACAUGUGUUUAGAGGCAUAUGGAAGUCCUCGUUUAAUUAAUAAUAGAAAUAGAAAAGGAAGGCUCUGGUUAUUUGUCUCUCUGGAGUGUUACUUGCUUUGUGACUCCCACAAUGUAGUUUUGUCUAGUCCAUAAUUCAGUUCUCUGAGACCUUUUUAAGACUCGCACUGUGCUUCAAGGAGCCCAGCUACCGCCUUCUACAGACCAAUAGCAGAAAUCAGGUUCUUCCAGAGGCACAUGAGACACCACAAAUGAGGCUAAUGAAGGAUGGAUUUUCCUUCCACAGCAGUUCACUGGGAAAACAAAGAAAAAUGGGGAAAUUCUGUCUUCGGAAAACAAUGCUGGAUCCCUGCAUCAGGCACUGAGAAAGGGGGAGGGAACAGAUUUAAAAAUUUCUAACGACGGGCCUUUCAGAGCAUUCUGCCCCAGAUGUUUAAGGACUGGCCCUAUAUGGUUAAUAUCUGACCUCUACGAGAAACGGCCAGCUCUCGGGCCACUAUCCCUGAGUCAGGCCCCUUCUUCAAGAGAUAGUGGUACCCCUCUUCUGAGGUCAGAGUCCUCUCCUGGCCUGAUGAGAGAUGCCUGCCACAGAGGGAUGGGGUAAGGGGAGGGAACUCAUUCUUGAGGCUGAAGCUGAAGAGCCUGGAGUUUGGCUGUGUGGAAUGUGGCCAGGGAGUGACAUGGGUACCACCGGGCUUUUCUCGGCUCUGCGUGGCUGUUCACAACUCCCCAGGCAGUCGGCCUGCACUGGAAGCACAGCGGAAGCCUAGGUUGUCUGAGGCUGAAUCUGGAGUGUUGCCCAUCCUGCCACCAAAGAAGAGGAAAGAGAAUGGACAUUCGUUGAGAAAGGGGCCUGGAGCCUUAGCCAACUUUCCUGCUCAACCUCCUAGGGCCUGCUGUGGUCCAGCGUGCCUAAGGACUGAGGGCAGGGACUAGAAAGAACGCUGGUAUGAGGGCACUCCUGGGGAAAGGGUAAGAAGGGACUUGGGAUAGGGUGGAGGGAGUGGGAGUGCAUAGCCCUGGAGUCUGCUCUGGAAGGCAAGAAAGGCAAUGACUAGUAACUUCGCCUGCUCACAGUUCGGAAUAACUCAGCCAAGAUAAACCUGUUAGUUAGAAGCAAGAAUAUCAUGUGCCAGUGAGUACUUCAUACUUUUCAAGGACUUUCACAUAUAUUCCUUCAUUUGCCGUUUCUCAACGCUUCCAGCAGGCAGGUUUGUUCACCACUUUACAGACCCAGAAUCAGAUACCAGGAAGAUUUAAAAGUCUUGGCCAAGGCCAGCCAAUGCUUCACGGGCACAAGAGAUUCAGUGGCAAACCCAGCUUCUUGGCUCCCAGGCAGUACUUUCUCUACUACUUUAUCCUAGAAAAGGAGGUAAGGGAAAGCCAGGGCCUUAAUGUACCAAAAAAACAGCUGCAAACCUGACUUCCCGAGGCCACAGAAACUGUGGUCUCUUUCUGGUCCUUAUGGAACCCAGGAAUGGGAGGAGUCAGAGGAAGAUCAUCCAAAUAACCCUACAGAUGAGCAAAGCAGAGAGAGUCCCAGCAGGGAACUCGGGAGCCUGGGACUCUACCAUUUAGGCACCAGCACUACCCAUCUGUGUGACACGAGCAGGUCCCAGCACCUCUGUGAACCUAUUUUGACUGUGAAGUAAAAUGGUUAUAGAAAAU